UUAAUGCACUACACAUGGGGGUUCCCCUUCUUCUCUGUAAGCUCACUAUUACCGUUCAGCUCUAUAAAAUAAACCCAGUAGUGAACUGUAAGCCUUAUAACACGUGUAAAAAAUAAAAUAAAAUCAAUUGUCGCGGCUGUGUUUAGACGUCUGUAGUAUUAGUUGCAUUACAUUGUCAUUAUUUUUGUUAUAGUUCCACUUUUGCAAAAGCAAGAGGUGUCGGCUGUCCGUGGCGAGCAGGCGAGGGGAGGAUCUGUAGAAAUUUAUAGGGCGUAUGAGGAAGUUAUAAUAGACGAGGGAAAAAGGAACAACAGGGUUUUCAUUUUCAGACGCACACGAUUUACUACUUUCAAAAUGCCUGGAAAGAAAGUCUGCAUCGUCGGAUCUGGAAACUGGGGCUCUUCCAUUGCCAAAAUAAUCGGGCACAAUGUCAAAGCAUCCAACCGGUUCGACCCAAUGGUGAAUAUGUGGGUUUACGAAGAAAUGAUUGAUGGAAAGAAGCUAACAGAGAUCAUUAACACGGACCACGAAAACGUCAAAUAUCUGCCGGGUCACAAGCUGCCUAGAAAUGUGGUCGCUAUUCCAGACAUCACAGAAGCCGUCAAAGGGGCAAAGAUCCUCGUCUUCGUGAUCCCGCACCAGUUCAUUGGCAAACUCUGUGAUCAGAUGAAACCUCACAUCACGGAGGGAACCAUCGGGAUAUCACUCAUCAAAGGUAUCGAUGAGGGGCCAGAUGGGCUAAAGCUCAUCUCAGACAUCAUCCGAGAGAAACUAGAGAUUGAAGUCAGCGUCCUAAUGGGGGCCAACAUUGCCAGCGAGGUGGCAGAUGAGAAGUUCUGUGAAACCACCAUCGGGGCAAAAAAUGAGGCAAACGGCGUUAUCUUCAAAGAGCUGCUUCAAACUCCCAACUUCCGCAUCACUGUUGUACAGGAGAGUGAUACAGUGGAGCUGUGUGGAGCUCUGAAGAACAUUGUGGCUGUAGGUGCCGGAUUCUGCGACGGCCUCGGUUUUGGCGACAACACCAAGGCGGCGGUGAUCAGGCUCGGUCUGAUGGAAAUGAUCGCCUUCGCCAAGUUGUUCCGCAAGGGCCAGGUGAGCUCCACCACUUUCCUGGAAAGCUGUGGCGUGGCUGACCUCAUCACCACCUGCUACGGAGGACGAAACCGGAAAGUUGCCGAGGCCUUUGUCAAAACGUCCAAAUCUAUCAUUGAGCUGGAGGCAGAAAUGCUCAACGGCCAGAAGCUGCAGGGUCCACAGACCUCAGCCGAGGUCUACAAGCUCCUACAAAAGAGGGACAUGGUCAACAAGUUUCCAUUGUUUUCUGCCGUCUACCAGAUCUGCUUUGAGGGCAAAGAAGUGAAAGAGUUUAUCACCUGUCUGCAGAACCACCCAGAGCACAUGUGAUGGGACCGAGUGCACACGUCUACAGCUGCUCCUUCAAUAGCAAUUUACUACCACUAGAGGGUGAAAGAGAUUCAUCAGAUAGAAACGCACAAAUAAUGACCAAAAGCACUUUUUACAGGUGAAAUAUCAUGGAUGUUUUUCUCAGCUUGAAAAGCUUUUUUUUUAAUUAAUUUUGCUCCUAUUUUGUGAAAUGUUCUGUAUUCAUGUGGGUCUUGUGCAGGGAAUUUAGAAACAUGAAUUAAAGAGUUCAUUCUAAGGAAAACCACUCUACUUUUAUGAAAAAAAGUCAGAAUUUUUUAUGGGGGUACGUAAACUUAACACUGUUUGACAUUUCACUACAUUACAAUCUCAAAAUUAAAAGCAUUUUGUAUCUUCAUGAGGAGUUGAUUUCUAAAUAAAAUCAAUUUAUAAAA